AUGGGAGCAGAGCAGAGCAAUGAGCAUGACCUUCGGCAUGGAGAUUCCAACUCUGCGAAUCCCUCCCCAGCCAGACAGAGAGCCAAGAUGGAUGACAUUGUGGUGGUGGCUCCUGGGACACAAUCUCACCGGAACAUCACAAAAGACCCCGAAGUCAUCAAGCUGCAGGAGAUCCCCACUUUCCAGCCCCUCCUAAAAGGUCUUCUGAGCGGCCAGACGUCCCCACCCAAUGUACGUCUGGAGCGUCUUGACUCCCCGCAGGUGCUGCAGCUGUGUGUGCGCUACCAAGAUCAUCUACACCAGUGCGCUGAGGCAGUAGCCUUCGACCAGAACGCACUGGUAAAACGUAUAAAAGAGAUGGACGCUUCUGUAGAUACCCUGUACAGCUACAUGCAGGAACGCCAAAAGCGUUUUGCCAAAUAUGCCGAGCAGAUCCAGAAGGUGAACGAGAUGUCAGCCAUUUUGAGACGGAUUCAGAUGGGGAUCGAUCAGACGGUGCCACUGAUGGAGAAGCUAAAUGCUAUGCUGCCUGACAGCGAGAGACUGGAGCCAUUCUGCAUGAGUCCAGACAGGGAGCAUAAACCUUAA